CUAGGUGGCGCGAAUAUACCCUGAAGAGACCUGAAAAUGGGAUUUUGUCAACAGUUUUAAAGUAUUAUUCAUGUGAAUCUGCACUGGGCUUCAUAAACAUGGCUGCUCAGUGUGGUGAAUUUCUUCCUGUUCCUGUGGUAGAUUCUCAACUUGAAGAUGACAGUGUAGAAGAAGACUUAGAAGUUGUUAAGUCAUCCAGGUCUUCAGAAAUCAAUACAGUCCAUAUGGAGUCUAAUCCAGAGUUCAAUUUAAAAGAGAGUUUUUUACAGUUGUAUAUAUCUACUGAUACACCUUCUUUGCCUAAAUCUGUUAAAGAACAUGAAAUAGAGUCUGACCAAGGUCUUGGAUCUGUUACUAGUGAAAGUUUAAACUUAUGUCCUUUUGUUGAAGUUGAUGUCAGCGAUUUAGAAUUUUAUGAACGAUGUGGUGGUGGAGCUUUCGGCAGUGUGUAUCGAGCUCUGUGGAUUUCUCAAAAGAAGAUAGUUGCUGUGAAAAAGCUCUUGGUCCUAGAGAAGGAGGCCCAAGUCUUGAGUAUUCUCAGCCAUAAAAAUGUCAUCAAGUUUUAUGGAGCAGUGACACAACCUCCAAACUUCUGUAUAGUCACAGAGUAUGCUGAAAAUGCUUCACUUUAUGCAUUCCUCCAAGAGCAAGAUCACAAUUCCAUGCUUAGUUUUGACCGUAUAAUUAACUGGAGUAUUGACAUAGCCUUAGGAAUGAACUACUUACAUGAAGAAGCACCUGUCAAAGUCAUACAUCGUGACCUCAAAUCCAAAAAUGUCGUGAUAUCUGCCAAUUUUGUAGCAAAGAUAUGUGAUUUUGGUGCAUCUCGAUUUUUUGGAAACACUACAAAAAUGUCUCUUGCUGGAACACUUCCAUGGAUGGCUCCUGAGGUGAUUCAAUGCCUUCCAUCCUCAGAAUCCUGUGAUAUUUGGUCAUAUGGCGUGGUCUUGUGGGAGUUACUCACACAUGAAGUGCCUUUUAAAGGUAUUGAAGGGUUCCAGAUUGCAUGGGCUGUGGUUGAAAAGGAUGAGAGAUUGACAAUACCAAGCUCAUGUCCACCAAAGUUUGCUGAUUUAAUGAAACAGUGUUGGAAAACUGACCCUAAAGAACGACCUUUGUUUCGACAGAUUUUAAAACAGCUGCUGUGUAUGAGGAAUGAUGAGAGCUUGUGUAAUGCAGCUUCAUUAUACUUGAGCCAGAAGAAUGUUUGGAGGCAAGAAAUUGAAGCUACACUUCAGUUGAUGAAAAGAGCAGAGAGGGACUUAUCACAAAAACAGAAACAACUGGAAGAGUGGGAAAAUCGACUCCAAGAGAAAGAAGCCCAACUUGAGAGACAAAAGCUUUGCAUGAGACUGUAUGAUCAUGAUGUCCACUCCUGGUCAGAAAAUGAUGUGUACUUAUGGAUGAAACAGCUAAGUAAUGAAGCAAGUUCUAAGGAUUUGGAGCAGUAUGCUGAUAUGUUUUUGGAACAGCACAUCUCUGGAAGAAGGUUGCUUCUCUUGACGCCUGAUGAUAUGAAAGAAAUGGGAGUAAUUUCUGUUGGUCAUAGAAUACACCUUAUGGAUUCUAUUGAAAAGCUACAAAUUCAUAACAAACGAAUGCUAGAAUUUCCCCCUUUACACCAGACUUUUAGAAAAAGCCCCUCCCCAACUUCUGUUCGACCAAAACAUUUUCGUUUGACACUUCUAAUCGGCCAUCAUUUGCGAUUGGGUUCAACCCCUGGUGACCACAAGUGGAAGAUGUAUCUCGAGGUAGAUGAAGAAGAAUCUCCUUUAACAGCUGUAACAUGUAUUAAGGAUGUCAGCUUUGAAUGUAGACAGGCUGGAUUGUCAUUGACAAAGAUCUCACAGCCUCCCUUUGUAAUGGAAAAAUGGUGUGUUGGAAUUUCAAGUGAUCAGGUAGUGACAUGCAUAGUGUCAUAUGAGCCAGUGGUCAAGAAACCACGGUUCACCCGUAUUUUACAUCAACUGACUGACCAUGUAUCUAGUCCACAUCAAAAGGAAGUGACUUUGACUUUUGUCCAAUCUACAAAUACCUGCAAAAGUCCAACACUUGGAAAGUUCGAUAACAGUUGCAAGAGUGGCCAAGUACUUCCUGAUGCUUGGAAAAAUAGAUAUUUAGUAAGUGGGAUCUCAAGAUCAAAACAAGAACAGUCAGGAAGCAGAUCUUGGGCUCAUGUGACAACAAAACAAACUUCUGUAGAGUCUGGUAGUUUUCCCAAAUUGCAAGACAGAACUUCUUUGGGCAAGAAUAACUUCCCUGUUCUUGAGCAAACUAAUAGGAGCAAUGAAACUGACAGUCUGAGUCUGUUUGAUACCAUGAAAUCUUUUGGAUUUCAGUUUUUGAAGGAUAACACAUUUUCAGGAAACACAUCUCAGUUAAGAAAGAAAGGAAAGAAAGUAAUUUUCACUUUACAGACUUCAAGUUCCUCUGAAUCCUUGAGUGGUGAUGUUUCUGGUAAUGCAACCAAAUCAUCAUCAUCAUCUCCACAAAGACGAAACAGCAUGCCUUCCAGACGUCCUGGCAGUCAGAAGCAGAAAUACAAACAUUCAAUCAGUGACACUGGAUUUUCUUGUGGUGCAUCAGACCACAGUAGCUUCUUUGAUGAUACUCAGGUGCAGCCUCACUUUGUUAAAUUUAGUCAAACAAGGAUUAGUCUGAAGAGACAAGUGGAUCGAUUUUCUUCAAAAGAUCAGAACACUUCCUCAAUCUGGGAUCAUCCCUUCAAAUCACGGUUCUGUACAAGGAAUCCAAAACUUAAAUCAGGACGAAAUUGUCGAGAAAUGUCACAGUCUUGAAGGAAGUAUUCUUAUAUCAUAACGUGGAAAGUUAUAGUCCUCAGUUUACCUCAGAACUGAUGCAAGAGGAGGUGUGCAGACUCAUCAAGACUAGGCAACUCUUUACCAGAUGUAAUGGACUUUGUGAUAGAGACUUAAAAAAUAUACUGAAGGAGAUGUGCCAAGAAAGACCAUGUGACUGGGGCAGGUACCUGCAGGUAGUAUUAUUUGCUUACUGAGAAGUCCCAGAAGCAACUACAGGAUUUUCAUCCUUCAAGUGGCUGUACAGAAGAAUGGUACAUGGUCUGAUGCACAUGUUGAAAGAGCUAUGGACAGGAGAAGAAGAGUUAGAAGUGAGGAACACAUACCAGAAUGUCCUGUCAACUCGCUUGAAAGAGCUUCUAUGCAGCUCAAGGCAGUUAGAAGCACUUCUAUAACAAGAAGGCCAAGGUUUGACAUUUCAAGGUCAGACAGAAUGUUUUCAUUCUGCUACUUAAGGAUAACAACAAACUCACCCUGCAGUGGAAAGGACCUUUUGAAGUGUGGGAAGUGGUCAAGAGAAGGGACUAUAAAAUGAAAGUGGAUGGGAAGAUCAAGAUCUACCUUGCCAAUCUGUUGAAGAGCUACUUUGAGAGGGAAGACGACCUCAAGGGUGUAGCUAUUGAGGCACAUAUGGGCAUGGACAUAGAUGUAGAACCAGAAGAUAGUGACUUUGUCAUGGAAGAUGAAAACCUACCAGACCACUGGGUGGAGAUGAGACAUACAAGGACAUCAGCAUAAGUGAAGAACUGACUGACAAGCAGAAGACAGACCUACAAGAGCUACUGUGCCAGUAUGCAGAUAUCUUCACAGAUAGACCAGCCAAAACAGUCUUUGUAUAAAGUGUAAAAAAUAUUGUAAAUAGUUUU